GAAAAAUCUGCUGUUUUACAACGGGAAACCAACGCGUGCAUUUGCACCCAAGAAUCUGUCAAAAGAAGCAUGCAUUCUCGCCUGAGAAGGUCACUGCACACCUCCUUGGCUGUCGGACAGCCUUUUGCAAGCAGGUGAGUAACCCUUUGUUACUUUGCUGGCAAAGAAGGCAGGAACAAAUCCUCUACUACUCAACCCUGUACACCGAGCAGUGAGCCUGAAACACCCUUACACUGUAAAAGAAACAUGAGUAAGAUGUUUCAAAGACCCAAUAUUCUGCAGCACGAGCGCUGCACUAAACAUUAGGCAUUGCCACAAUCACAAAUGACAUGGCAAGCUCAGACAUAAAAUAAUCUUGCAAGUAAUAAAACAACAGCUGUGCAAGCUCCCCCCGAGACAUCCGAGAGUAUGGAGCAAAUCGGACGCCAAUCUUGAUUGUUCCUCCUGCACCCGCUUUUGAAAACCAUUAGAAUAGAAAUUUGUACCAGGGGCAACACAUGCCCAUACAUUGACUUCAGCGUUGACUUUGGAGCUUUUGGAAAAUUCUUCAGAUAAUUUGAAUCCUUGCCCUAGCCAGGUGCGGGACUCGUUCCAGGAGUACAACCUCACUCGCAGAUUAAGAAUGCACCUGUUCCAACCUACACUUCUGCACCUUCCUUUCGCAAUGCUAACUAAAUUACAAUUGGUGGGACCUUGGACAUUCCCGGGUUGUUGAGCAAGCAGCCAGCAACCAGGUAAAUGAGCCAGGCCCAAUUCUGCACGGAGCUUCCCGGGUCCUUCCAAGAUGCAGCUCUUGAAAAGGGGCCCGCUCCAAACGCUCAAAUGAUCAACAAUCUGCUGGGACAACUUUUCUUGCAAGGUCCUCAUUCACAGGGAACCACAGAGCCGACAGCGAGCCCACUUUUGAAUGGCAGCGCGAAACUCACAGGAUAUAAAGCUAUUCAAGCUAUUCUACGUCUUGAAGGCGACACAAGGGGCGCCAAAAUACGCACAGAGAGCCUUCCCAGACUCACACACACCAACCUUUGAAGAUCCCGCCAAAAAGGAAAGCGCUUGGCGCGAUAUGCAGCAACGGAUUUGAUCCAAUUGGCGUCUGCAGUCUUCAAAAUCAAAGUCACCAAAUGGUUCACGAAAUGGCCUCCCUCGUUUGUUGCUUCU